UUUUCAGGUCAGAUACUUAUACAUAUUCACAUGUCAUUUCAGGAUUUAGUAAGAUUAAAGUUGUCUGUAAUAAAAGAAAUAUACGAUCAGAAAAUGACCCACAGUCUAGUGCUUGAAAUAUUGAAUUGCUUGUACAAAAAAAUUCAAGAAUUUAAGGAAUCUGAACUGAGAGAGGCUUCAGCAUACGAUGCCAUGUUACAAGCAGCUAAGCAUGGAAAUAUUGAGUUCAUAGAUGCAAUGAGGAAAGCUAACCCUGACCUCUUAUGGGCUAUUGAUAAAAAUAAAAGAGGCAUAUUUUCACAUGCAAUUUUGAACCGUAGAAAAGAAGUGUUCCAACUCAUACAUGAUGCAAGUGUAAAUGGACGAAAGGAAAUUGUUAGAUGUCGUGUAGAUGAAUUUGAUAAUACCCUUUUGCAUCUGGCUGGAAAUUUAGGGCCCUCCUUUGAUCUUCACCGUAGAUCUGGUCCUGCUCUCCAAAUGCAAAGAGAGAUUUUAUGGUUUAAGGAAGUGGAGAAAAUUGUGCACCCCAAAUGUAAGGAAGCCAAAAAUUCAGAAGAUAAGAAGCCUCAUGAGAUAUUUACAGAAAGCCACAAGGAGCUAGUGAAAGCCGGUGAAAAAUGGGCAAAAGAAACAGCAGGUUCAUUUACACUUGUUGCUACUCUCAUCACAACCAUCAUGUUUGCUGCAGCUUUCACUGUCCCUGGUGGAAACAAUCAAGACAGUGGAAUUCCCUUGUUCUUACAUGACUACACAUUUAAUGUGUUUAUAAUAGCAGAUGCAAUAUCUCUUUUCACUUCUUCAACUUCAGUCCUUCUCUUCAUUGGAAUCCUUACGGCGCGUUAUGCAGAGAAGGAUUUCUUAAAGUCUUUGCCACUUAAGUUACUCUUCGGCCUCGUUAUGCUUUUUUUCUCGGUUGUGUCGAUGAUGGUUGCUUUCUGUGCUUCUCUUGCUAUGCUCUUGAAGGGACAUCAAGGAGUCAUAAUAACAGCCAUAUCAUUUGCAAGUAUUCCAGUUAUUGUUCUUGUGCCUUCACAGUUGCGACUCUUUAUUGAGAUUUUCAAGUCUACAGUUUUAUUCAAAUGAAACUACUUACUAAUUAAUUAAGACCAUUCAUCGAGUCAUCAUUUAUGUAUAUGAUAACAAGUUCGCAUGUAUCAACUAGUUGUAUGCAUGCAAUACUUUUGGACAAGUGAGCA